AUGGAGAGGAGUAUGCUUGAUGCAGCAAGCGGUAGAGCUCUCAUGGACAAGACACCAUCUACAGCCAGAGCACUAAUUGACAACAUGGUAGAGAACUCUCAGCAGUUUAAUAUAAGAGCCAUGGCACUAAUAAGAGAGGUCCAUAAUGUACAGCAACCAACCCAUAUGGUAGCAAAUUCUAGCAGACUUGAGAGCAUAAUUGAGGAGCUCACUACUUUCAUUGGCCAGCUUGCUACCAUUGUAAACCAGUUCAAGUCUCAAGGUUCUGAACAACUCCUUUCUCAAACAGAGGUUAAUCCUAGAAACGUGAGUGCCAUAAUAUUGAGGAGUGGGAAGGAGUUGUCAGGCAACCAGAAAGAUGAAGAGAAACCACCCCUUCCCUUUCCGAACAGAGUGGCCAAGCCAAGGCCAUCAACAAACUUUGAUAAAGAGUUUUUUGAGACAUUCAGAAGAGUAGAAGUGAACAUUCCACUGUUGGAUGCGAUAAAACAAAUGUCAAAAUUUGCAAAGUUUCUUAAAGAGUUGUGCACUAACAAGAGGAGACUGAAAGGAGAUGAAAGAGUCAGCAUGGGGAGGAAUGUGUCAACCCUUAUACAGCCCAAUAUGCCGCAGAAGUGUAAGGAUCCUGACACUUUUACUGUCCCUUGCAUUGUUGGAAAUUCCACCUUCAGCAAUGCAUUACUUGAUCUUGGUGCUUCCAUGAAUGUGAUGCUUAUAUCAAUUUAUAGGUCUUUAACCCUUGGCCUUCUAAAGCAAACUGGUGUAGUCAUUCAAUUGGCAAAUAGGAGCACUGCAUUUCAUAUUGGAGUAGUAGAAGACGUACUAGUGAGAGUGAAUAAGCUGAUAUUCCCUGCAGAUUUCUACAUUCUAGACAUGGCAGAAGAGCCCAACAUGCCUACACUAAUCCUUUGUAGACCUUCUUGA